UUUGCAAGGCAGUUGUGGUUCAGAGAGUCCCCUAUACAAUCAUGGUUGGAUGCCUUCUUUGGACAAAGUCACCUCUUUUGAGCCAUUCGUUAUGCCCCAGGAUCAAUGAUGAGGGAAUUGCUUCAUUGGGACCGAAAGUACUGAGCCAAAUAUGGGUUUGAGUUUAUAACAAGUAUGGACUCGUGGGAGUCGCAGAAAAUACUUGACGAGGUGAAGGUACACUAUGAAAAUACUCUUGUUGUUGAACUGGAUAUUGCAGCACGAGAGGAGUUCAAACUCAUAGAACAUGGACUUGAACGACUAUGGGAACGAUUAUCUCGAUCCCAGGUUCAGGAGGCACCCGAAGAAACGGGGGAGGUGGUACCGGAUUCAGUGGAGAAAGAGGCUGUUGUCUCCUCCGAAAGCUCUGAAGAGGCUGAUUCUGCUCGACAAAAGGCCUCGAUGCUAUCAUAUGACCUCAAUAAAAUGCCGGACGAGAAUGAAUAUCCAUAUGGUGGAAUGUCCCCUGAUACGAAGAAUGCGUGGCACCUAUCUAUGUGAGCGACACGAUACCUGAACCCUUGAAGAUAUUGCAAUAGUUCUAAAAAUUUGAAUUUGGAUUUAUAGGCUGCCCAAGACUUCUGUGUUGAAGUUGUCGUGACUUAAUGGAACUCUUUAAAUUGCUUAAUGAGGGAUUGUUAGUAUGCUGCAUGUUGAAUGCCCUUGGUCUACUAUUUUACCCAUUUAUGCAGUUUUUUAA